AUGGCCAGCUACAGCCGCGUCUUGCUGCGGAUGCUCCCCCUGCACCGGUGGCCGUUGACGGGCCUAGGCCCCGUCUGGCUGAGCGACCCCCAGCCAGCCUGCAGGGUCCUGUGGCCGUCCAGCCACAGCCUCGUGGACCGGGUCGUGGCCGACGUGGAGAGGCAGAUGCAGGACAUGGAAAGGAUGACCCGGGCCUUCUUCCAGGCCUCCCCGCUUCCGGCGUGGGAGCGCGAGGGCCAAAGGGAGCCAAGGGAGGAGAGUGCCGCGGAGGCCGCCGUGAAGGGGCCGCCGGAAGGGAGGUACCGCUUCUCCGCGGACGUGACGGGCUUUUCCCCAGAGGAGAUGACAGUGAAAUUGGACGGGAGAAGAGUCACGGUGACCGCCAAGCGCCAGAGGGAGAGCAAAAGUGAGGGCAGCUACUGGCAGGAGCACCAAGAGUUGCGGCGGGAGACCCUCCUCCCACUCGACGUGGACCUGCAGGCCGUCUCAUGUUCCCUGACCCCGGAUGGGCAGUUGUGUGUCGAGGCGCCACGCGUGGCUUCUUCCACAACCACGGGGAAGGCCAUCCCGAUCGACGUCCAGUCCUCGGGACCCAAGACGCCCGACAGGGAAGAGAAAGAGCUGGGGAGCGGCGAAGGGGCCAAGCCGAAGGAGACCUGA